AUGGUGUCUUCAAAGGGACUGUGGAAAGAGAGGCCUUCAGCCCACACCUCUGAAUGCUUUUCCACCACAGCAUGCCCUGUGGCCUUUAUCCUGCUGGUGUGGAACAGUCAGACCCCUGCAGGGCUGCAGAGCCUCUGUACUGGGCGGCAUCCCGGCCUGAGUGCCAGAGCUCAGAGGGCAGGCCCCCGAGCAAGCAGAGAGGAGGGCACCUUUUGGACAGAACGUGUGGGACAAGAGCGAUGGCUCAUCCGUUCAGGUUCCUCACAAAAUGAGAGUCAGGAAGAUCAGGGCGCCGGCCUGAUUUCCCAGGCAGGGCUGAAAGCAGACAACCGGAGGGAGAGCAGCACCUGGGCCAAUGAGGUAGAAGACAGAAGACCACAGUGUACUCCUGCCCUCAACCUCACCCCCUCCCACCCACAUCCUCCACACUCCCUGACCACCUUCCUCAGAAGUGUAAUAGGAAUCCAGAUUCCCCCUGGCCUGGUUGCUGCAGGAGGCACAGUAGCCUGAUGGAGCCUGAGGCAGGUGUGGGAAGAUGUGGAUUGUCUAACUGGAGGUUGGGAGUCCAGGGUGUAGAAGCAGCUUGGAGUGCAGGAUUUGGUGGUACGUGUGUGGCAGUAGGCAAAAGAAAGAGACAACUGGCCGGGCGCGGUGGCUCACGCCUGUAAUCCCAACACUUUGGGAGACCGAGGCGGGCGGAUCACGAGGUCAGAUGAAGACCACGGUAAAACCCCGUCUCUACUAAAAAUACAAAAAAGUAGCCGGGCGUGAUGGCGGGUGCCUGUAGUCCCAGCUACUGGGGAGGCAGAGGCAGGAGAAUGGCGUGAACCCGGGAGGCGGAGCUUGCAGUGAUCUGAGAUCGCGCCA